CAGUUUCUCGUCAGCACACUUUGUUGAGGAACCCAAGCCACCGACUGUACGUAUUACAACCCUGGUCAGACAACGGAGGCUAAACUUAGCAUAGGCGACUGGUACAAGAUUUGACGGAGAAGUCAUUGAAGCAGCUGGCCAAACAAUCAAUACACACGACAUGGCUCUGAAGAUCACCUGCGGGUUCGGCCGUGUUGGGGUCCGGGAGACCAAGGUUUUUGGCUUGUCCGACGAGGAAAGACGAAUCAAAAAGUACGGCCAAGGAAACCUUGUGGAGCGUUACGAGACUUUCAAAAACAUCUUUGGAGAAGGAAAGGGGGAGGAGCUGAGCUUCAAAAUCUUCGGUGCAAGCGUGACCCACAUCGGGAAAGUCAUGAACAACUGGAAACCGAAUCGUCGCGGGGAGAAGGCAAGGUUCUUGGAACACUUCAGCCUCAGUAACUGGGAGAAACUGGACGCAGCUACAAAACUACGACACAGCAUCGUAGGCCCGUGCAAGGCAUGUCUGCGAGACCACGGGGACUUCUUGAGCCUGUACAACAGUCAGAUAAGGUGUCCCCGGACGCGUAAGACAUUUGCUGACCUACAACAAGAGGAAGCGAAGAAAAAGCAGAAAAGGGUCAAGGCAAGAAAGCUUGUGGAUGACAUACUAAAAAGUAUUCAAGACGCACAGAGAGCCAACAACGUGAGGGAAGCAGAAGUAGCCUUUGCAGACGGGGUGCCAGAGGAGGUGUACAGGCGUGCGGAAGAAAUUUGCGAGGAGGGUCAGAAACGCAAACAAAAGAAGAAAAGCAUCAAGAGGGACUAAGAAACAGGAAAUCCAAGGAAGGGGGACUUUCAAAUGACAAAAGAAUCUCAACAAAAUGUAGUUUGGAGGGACUCUCUCUGAGGUGCGUUCAGGAGUUUCAUGUACACAGCAAGUACACAGUAAUGAAAUAGAUGGACCUACAGGGGCACAAGGAGACUGUAGGGUGAAGCAUCACCUUGUAACUAGAAGUAGUACUAGUCAUGAAAGAAGACGGAAGGUAGGCUAUCAAAAGACCAAUGGGGAAAAGUUUUUAGUUUACAGGUUUGUGUGACAAUAACCUUACUUUCCAAGGACCUGCCAAAUCAAUGAAUAUACUCCAGGAUUCAGGAUGUUAUGUUUUCGUACUCACCACUUCGGAAUGCACAACACAUUUGUUUGGUUUAAACUUUAACUUUAUUGCAAGAUUUGUGAGCUGUGCAAAGUGAACUUACAUGAACUGUGAUGCCUGAGACUGAUCAAUACUCAAACCAUAUGGCAAAAGUUGGAAGAAACUCUUUGAGGUAACGGCGUGUGUGUGCUUUACAGAAUAGAUAGGUGGCUUGAAUUCACAUAUUUCUAUGUAAUGUUAAUGAAUGACGUUGAAUAGUAUGAUCUCACCUGGCACCAGUAUGAUCAUUGUCAUAAAUAGCAUACUUAAGCAAGACUAUUUUUUUUAUCACUAAGGAUAAGACAUUAAAGUACAAUGUAAUUUUCAUACAAUAACAAAAUGCCUGAGACAAAGUUAAAAAAACUCAGGCAAAAUGAUGGGUAUGACAAUAUCUUUUUGAGGUGAACUAAUGUUACAUUGCACAAAACAAUAAAAGCUCUUGCCUUGUUAUA